ACUCGUGAACAGAGACGAAUACCCGCAAGUCCCGGUUUAGUAUAAAAAAAAGUCGCGAGUUUUAAACGACUAGGUCAAUACUCGACCAUCAUAGUUGCAGGAGAAGCAUUUCGAGCCACACGCCUUAACAGAAGGUGGCGCCAAAGGUGUUUACGAAGAAAAGAAACGACAGAAGAAGAAUAAAACCAACGAAGGGCAACACUUCCCAACACUACCGCAUUUCAGAAUAUGUUUAGGAUUUGACAGUUGAAGCUAAUAUUAGUUUGAUGUUCGUUUAGAAAGUCGUAGCAAUCGUGAUUGAAAUGGCGGCACAAGGUGCAACGUUGUUACAACAUAAGGUCAGCAGGUUACUGAGCAAGGAGAACGGAAAGCCUGUUCUCAAACCCAACAAACCUCUUAUCCUGAAAGAUGGUGUGGCCAACCGUAAACCCAAGAAAGGAGAGGCCACGUGUGUCACAGAGCUGUCUGUCAUGAUGGCGUGUUGGAAGCAGAACAAUUUUGUGGACAGCCUGUGCUCCAAAGAGAUGGGUGACUUCCACAAGUGUGUUCAAAAGACUCGGGCUGCAAGGAAGGAUACAUCAGGACAGACGACGCUUUCUGGAGGACAUUUGCCACCAAAACAGGCCACCACCCUGUUGAAGAGAUAUCCCAAUAUACUGUCUGAGAUCUAGGAACCUUGUGUACCACGGACCUCAGUUGGGUGCUGGUCAUGGGCCACCCAACUACUGCUGAACAAAGUGUGACAUUCAUUCAGGUCAUUUUAUUAAAACAUUAUGGUCUACGUUU